CCCGCCUCUCCGCAGAUUCCUUAAGUUUAGCUGAACUGAAGAAAAACAAACCUUAAAAAGGUUGUAGAUGAAAUAUAUUAGAACCGACAUGUAAUAUCAACAAUGUCUCUGCUUCAUAUAGCGUGUGUUUAUGAAAACGGAGCAAAAAUAUACUAAUACGCUGGGAGAGUCUUCCUCAUGUUUUUUAGUUCAGUGAGGAAAGCAGACCUGGCGUUAUGUCUGUGCGACUUUUUCUGCUGCUGGUUUUUAGUUUGGAGGAGUUUAGGUGCACAGUGUCUGGAGAAAAGUCUGGCUCAGUUAUCAGUGCGGCUAAAACGUUGGUGUGGGGUCCAGGGCUGGAGGUGGACAUCCUCCUCCCGGCUCGAUUCUUUUACAUUCAGGCGGUGGACAAUUUAGGAGGAAAUUUAACUACAUCACCUGGAGAGAAGACCUUUGAGGUAAAGAUAAUCUGUCCAACAGAACAUUUCACCAGGAUCUGGACUCAGGUUCUAGAUCGUCGGGAUGGGUCGUUUUUGGUUCGCUACAGAAUGUACGCCACCUACCGUGACCUGCACAUCCAUGUUCUGCUGGGUUCCAAGCAUGUCGCAAAGUCGCCCUAUAUUCUCAAAGGCACAGUCUACCAUGAGGGCUGUGACUGUCCUCAGCCGAAUGGUUCUCUAUGGGAGAAAAACAUGCACUGUCCUGAGUCCUUCGCCCAGAUCAACAGAGAUCUGUCCCUUUUUGCAAGUGUGGAUCCAGAUCAGAACGCAAAAGAGAUCCCACAGCGGUUUGGGCAGCGACAGAGCCUCUGUCAUUACACAGUUAAAGACAACAAGGUCUAUGUAAAAACAUUCGGAGAACAUGUCGGUUUUAGAAUCUUCAUGGAUGCCAUCCUUCUCUCGAUCACUAGAAAGGUGCGACUCCCUGAUGUGGAGUUUUUUGUCAAUCUUGGUGACUGGCCGCUGGAGAAGAGGAAACCUACUGAUAAGCUUCAUCCCAUCUUUUCCUGGUGUGGCUCAAAUAACACAAGAGACAUAGUCAUGCCCACUUAUGAUCUGACUGAGUCAGUCCUUGAGACCAUGGGAAGAGUUAGCCUGGACAUGAUGUCUGUUCAGGCCAACACUGGGCCGCCGUGGCCGGAGAAGAACGCCACCGCCUUCUGGAGGGGCAGGGAUAGCCGUCAGGAGCGCCUGCAACUGGUCAAGCUCUCUAGAGCUCACCCUGACUUUAUAGAUGCUGCUUUUACCAACUUCUUCUUCUUCAAACAUGACGAGAGUCUCUAUGGCCCGCUGGUCAAACACGUCUCCUUUUUUGAUUUCUUCAAGUACAAGUAUCAGAUAAACAUCGACGGGACAGUGGCAGCGUACCGUUUGCCCUACCUACUAGCAGGAGACAGCGUGGUCUUAAAGCAGGAUUCUGGCUACUAUGAGCACUUCUACAACGAGCUGCGACCGUGGGAGCAUUACAUCCCAAUAAAAGCAAACCUGGGUGACCUGCUGGAAAAGAUCCAGUGGGCCAGAGACCACGAUGAAGAGGCAAGGAAAAUUGCUCUGGCAGGACAACAGUUUGCACGGAAUAAUCUAAUGGGAGACAGCGUAUUCUGUUAUUACUACAAACUUUUCAAGGAGUAUGCCAAACUUCAGAUCACAGAGCCUAAGGUUCGAAAGGGCAUGGAGCUUGUAGAGCAACCCAAAGAUGACUUGUUCCCAUGUUCCUGUCACCGGAAAGCGGUAAAGGAUGAACUUUGAGAGAAACCCAUGAUAUCUGAACCCAGCAAACAAUUUUUCAAGUUAUGAUUUAUUAUUUUAUGAAUGACAUUUUUUUUAAAACAUUAAAGAUCUUUUUUUA